UUUCUGCUUUCUUCUGUACCUGAGCUGAAGCAGUGGGCACCCCUUUCAAGCUGUUGUAUCUUCCCUUUGAUUUGCAGUUUUCGCUGGGGAAAAGUCACCUCUAAGUCUUGGAAGGACACAGAAAAUGGCCUUUCACACAUGGCCCUCAAACAGAUUGCUCUUCCUCUUGCUCUUCCUGUUUUCCAAGCUGCUGUCAGCCAGAUGGUUUCCUAAAAGUUUACCUUGUGAUGUGAAAGUAGAAGCUUCAAAAGCCAAUGUGAUAGUGGACUGCAGUGAUCGUCGCCUGACCGAAAUUCCACAUGGGAUUCCUCUUAACACUACCAACCUGACUCUCACCGUUAACCAUAUUCCAAACAUUUACUCAACAUCCUUUGUCCAUCUUGAUAAUCUUGUGGAGAUUGAUUUCAGGUGCAACUGUGUGCCUGUUCGACUGGGGCCGAAGGAUCAUGUGUGCACCAGGAGACUGCAGAUCCAGAACAGUAGCUUUGCCACUCUCACAAAGUUAGAGUCAUUGUACUUGGAUGGAAAUCAGCUAUCAGAAAUACCUAGGGGUCUUCCUCCUAAUUUACGCCUGCUGAGCCUUGAAGCAAACAGCAUUUUUUCCAUUACAAAAGAGAAUUUGUCAGAACUUGGAAACAUAGAAAUGUUGUACCUGGGACAGAACUGCUAUUACCGUAAUCCAUGCAAUGUUUCAUUUGAAAUUGAAGAAGCAGCCUUCCAGGACUUGAGAAAUUUAACCAUAUUGUCCCUGAAAUCCAAUAAUUUAACCUACAUUCCACACAAUUUGUCAUCCACUUUAAAGGAACUGUACCUUUACAAUAACAUGAUUCAAAAAGUUCAGGAACAUGAUUUAAAUGACCUUUACAAUUUGGAAAUUCUUGAUUUAAGUGGCAACUGCCCUCGCUGUUACAAUGCCCCAUUUCCAUGUACUCCGUGCCCUAAUAAUGCCCCAAUUUGGAUCCAUCACAAGGCCUUCGAUGCAUUAAAGCAAUUAAAAAUUCUGCGCCUUCACAGUAACUCCCUUCACAAUGUACCCAGUAGCUGGUUUAAGAACACCAAGAAUCUCAAAGUGCUUGACCUUUCCCAAAAUUUCCUGGCCAAAGAAAUUGGAGAAGCUUGCUUUUUGAACUUUAUCCCCAACCUUGUAGAGCUGGAUCUUUCCUUUAAUUUUGAACUUCAGGUCUAUUCUUCAUUUUUGAACCUGUCUAAGACAUUUUCCUCCCUCUCACACCUGGAAAUCUUGAGAGUUAAGGGUUAUGUUUUUAGAGAAUUGAGUCAAGAAAACCUACGUCCAUUGCUUCAUCUUAGAAAUUUGACAGUCUUGGACCUGGGAACUAAUUUUAUCAAACUUGCUAACUUGAGUAUGUUUAAAAAAUUCCCAUCUCUUAAAAUGAUAGACCUCUCAGUAAAUAAAAUAUCUCCUUCUUCAGGUGAAUUCAAAAAUCAUGGUUUUUGUUCUAUCCCCAUGGCUUCAGUAGAUCAAUACAAAAGUCGAAUGGUGCAGGAAAUGCAUUAUUUCAGGUAUGAUGAGUAUGGACGAAGUUGUAAAUCCAAAGACAAAGAGGCUGCUUCCUUCCAACCUUCUGUCAAUGAGGACUGCCUCAGUUAUGGGGAAACCCUGGAUCUAAGCAGAAACAACAUAUUUUUUAUCAACCCCUCUGACUUCCAGCAUCUCACUUUCCUCAAAUGCCUCAACUUGUCAGGUAAUGCUAUCAGCCAGACUUUGAAUGGAAGUGAGUUCUACCCUCUGUCUGGACUGAAAUAUCUGGAUUUUUCUAACAAUCGGAUUGAUUUGCUGUACUCGACUGCCUUCCAGGAACUAAAAGAUCUGGAAAUUCUAGACCUGAGCGAUAACAAACAUUAUUUUCUGGCAGAAGGUAUUACUCACAAGCUUGAUUUUACAAAGAAUUUGACCUUUCUGAAGAAGCUGAUGAUGAAUGGGAAUGAAAUUUCCACUUCUACUAAUAUGGGAAUGGAAAGUCAUUCUCUUCAGACUUUGGAAUUCAAAGGAAAUCACCUAGAUGUUUUAUGGAGGGAUGGGGAUACUAGAUACUUGUCAUUUUUCAAGAAUCUGACUAACCUAGAGCAACUGGACAUUUCCUACAACUUUCUGAGUUUUUUGCCUCUUGGUGCUUUUGAAGGCAUGCCUCCACAGCUCAAGGUACUCAGCUUAACCAAUAAUAUGCUGAAGUCUUUCAACUGGGGGAAACUCCCCUUUUUGGAAAAACUAGAAACCUUGGAUCUUAGCAACAAUCUGUUGAGUACCGUUCCCCGGGAGCUGUCCAAUUGCUCUGCAACCCUCCACAAACUGAUACUAAAGAACAAUAGGAUCCGACGGCUGACUAAGUACUUUCUCAGAGAUGCUUUCCAGUUAAAAUACUUGGACCUCAGCUCAAACAAAAUCCAAAUAAUUAAGAAAUCUAGCUUCCCAGAGAAUGUUAUCAGCAAUCUGGAGAUGUUGCUUUUACAUGGCAACCCUUUCAAGUGUAUUUGUGAUGCUGUGUGGUUUGUUUGGUGGAUCAACCAGACUGAGGUUACGAUUCCCCUGCUGGCCACAGAUGUGACCUGUGCAGGCCCAGGAGCACAAAAAGGUAAGAGUGUGAUUUUAUUGGAUCUGUAUUCCUGCGAAUUGGACUCCUCUCAUGUGAUCCUGUACUCUGUGUCGGCAUCAGCUAUCCUGUGUCUGAUGGUGUUCACAGUUACAAGUCACCUCUAUUUCUGGGAUGUGUGGUAUAGUUACCAUUUCUGCACUGCCAAGAUAAAGGGCUAUCGGCGUUUACAUUCACCAGAAACUUGCUAUGAUGCUUUUAUUUCCUACGAUAAUGAAGAUCCAGCUGUAACUGAAUGGAUCUUGAAAGAACUAGUUGAAAACCUGGAAAAUCAAAAAGAUAAACAGUUCAAUUUAUGUUUGGAAGAAAGAGAUUGGCUGCCGGGGCAACCAAUUUUAGACAACCUUUCCCAGAGCAUACAACUGAGCCGAAAAACCAUAUUUGUGCUGACUAACAAGUACACAACAAGUGGCAUCUUUAAGACAGCAUUUUACAUGGCACACCAGAGACUUAUGGAUGAAAAAGUGGAUGUGAUUAUCUUGAUAUUUCUUGAGAGAGUUCUGAAGAAGUCCAGGUACCUCCAGCUGAGGAAGAGGCUGUGCAGUAGCUCUGUCCUAGAGUGGCCAACCAAUCCUCGGUCCCAGUGUUACUUCUGGCAGUGUCUAAAAAAUGCACUAGCGACAAACAAUGACAUGACCUACAACAAACUGUUCCGAGAAACUGUGUAGCUUUCCCACACCCUGUAAAAUCUUAGUGUGAUACUGAGUAGCUGGGUGACAAUGAAACUCAAAUUUUAUUUGAAGAAAGUUUCAAAGCAUGGGAGAUAAUUUAAGCCUAACAUCAUAUCAAAAGUUAUAUGCCACAACUAAUAUUGCAAAGACAAUAUUUUACUUGUCUCUCUGCAACAUGAUAGCCUUACAUUUAACCACCCCCAGUUGCCAGCCAGGCUGUUUCAAUGACGUGCACCUUACCUGGCACUUACUGCUACACAUAGAAAUAAAAUGCACUACCAGCUGGAAGACUCAGAUUUGGAACAGAAUCAUAUCUUCCAGUUUUCAGUUCAGUGGAGGUUAAGAGCAUCUCAUGUAGGUUGGCUCAAAUUCCUCUGAGACCACUUACUUGUGUUAGUGUAUUACAUGGACUACUAAGAGGAGUUUAGCUGUGCUUGAAACUGCUGCUCUUUGGAUCAUUGUUAGAUUAAAUAGUAUUCUCAUAUAAAACUGUAGGUCACCAACUCAAAGCAGCACCAGACGCUACCAGAACAACAGAUGCAAAACCUGUAGAUAUAUUUCCACUGCUACGAUGAUAAUACCCCCCACAACACACCUUUCAGGGCCCAUAAAUUCCACACAUGCCUAUCACAAGAUGUGGUGUACAUCACGCAGUGCACUAGAUGCUUCAAUAACAACUAUGUGGGUGAAACCAGACAAUCACUAUGCUCUCAGAUGAAUUCUCACUGAAAAAUGACAAAAACACCAUAUCACCUGUGAGUGAACACUUUUCACAGAAAUCACUCUACAUCUGACCUCUCAGUCCUCAUUCUGGAAGGAAACCUUCCCAAUAUCUUCAAAAGACAAGCCUGGAAGCUUAAAUUCAUAACUUCUUUAGACACUAAAAAUCAUGGACUCAAUAAAACACUGUAUUUAUGGCUUAUUACAACAAUCUAUAAGCCAUUAACAACUCCCUUCUCUUUCUUCUGGAUGCCUUUUUCCUCUCCCUUCCUUCUCACCUCCCUCAUCCCCAAUGACUGAAGGAGUGUUAAUGGGGCACUUCAUCUUGAAUGGUCCCUUGAAAUAUGUGUUAACUAUUUAUGCUAAACAAUCUGUUCCACCUUGUAUUUAACUGUGACACUGAGUAUGUUUCCUAGACCUGAAGAAGAGCUCUAUGUAAGCUUAUAAGAACAUAAGAAUGACCAUCCUGGGUCAGACCAAAGGUCUAUCUAGCUCAGUAUCCUGUCUUCCGACUGUGGCCAAUGCCAGGUGCCCCAGAGGGAAUGAACAGAACAGAUAAUUAUCAAGUGAUCCAUCCCCUGUCACCCAUUCCCAGCUUCUGGCAAACAGAGGCUAGGGACACCAUCCCUGCCCACCCUAGCUAAUAGCCAUUGAUAGACCUAUCCUCCAUGAAUUUAUCUAGUUCUUUUCUAAACCUGUUAUAGUCCUGGCCUUCACAACACCCUCUGGCAAAGAGUUUCACCAGUUGACUGUGUGUUGUGUGAAGAAAUACUUCCUUUGGUUUGUUUUAAACCUGCUGCCUAUUAAUUUCAUUUUGUGGCCCCUAGUUCUUGUGUUAUGAGGAGUAAAUAACAUUUCCUUAUUUACUUUCUCCACAACAGUCAUGAUUUUAUAGACCUCUAUCAUGUCCCCUCUUAGUUGUCUCUUUUCCAAGCUGAAAAGUCUGUCUUAUUUAUUCAUGCUUCUCUCUGAACUAUUGCUUCAGACUGCUGAUUGACUAAAACACAGACUCUGCAUUGGUUUGCACUUGGGUCACAUUUUGAAGAUGAUCAUUGCAAGCAUAAGAUCCAAAGACUUUUUAAAAAUGUAUAGUUAAAGUACAAAAUAGCAAGUACCAGAAAAGUACCUGGCCCCAGAUCCUCCAAGGUAUUUAGGAGUCUAACACCCAUUGAUUUCAAUGGGAGUUAAGCACUUAAGUAACUUUGAGUAUCUGGGUGCUGGUCACUCUCCUGGUGGAUCUCAGCCCAAUCUAACCCCUGCUUGUAAGAAAAAAAAAAGGAAAUAAACAUAUGCAAGAGAUUGUUAGCAAAUGCCCUAAAUUGUUUACAGCUUGGAUACCUCAGAGAAGAGAAUGACAGUGAAGAUCAAUUGAGGGGCUUAAAAGCCCUCUGCCUUAACUAUGAGAGGAGCUGAGCAUGAACUUGCUUACCCUGUUGGUCUACCAGAGCCAGAGUCACAAACAGACUUAGGCACCUAAAUGCCACUUAGGCCCCUAAAUCAACAUUUAGAUGCCACUGGCAUUCACCAAACACCUGCUUGGCUGCUGCCUAACCUUGUAGGUGUGUAAACUAACGUCAUGGCUAAAUUUUCACUGUAAAAGUUUC